GGACACCAAAGUUGUUUGAAGUUCUCCGACAAGCUGAUGGAGAAGGUUAGAACGAUGAGAUGGCAGUGCAUCGAAUGCAAGAAGUGUUCCAUCUGUGCUAAGGCCCAUCGUGCCGGCUCCAUGUUGUUUUGUGAUGUUUGUGACAGAGGCUUCCAUAUGGAUUGCUGCAAUCCACCGAUACUUAAGCCAGUCAAAGGUUAG